GCACUCACGUGACUUAAUAUAAAGCCACUUUAAUGAAAGCUUAUUUCUUGACUUGCUCGACCUCGCCUGGUGUUUGUUAUCGCGGGUGAUUCGAUAUCAGAGUAAGUAAGUGUUGAUGGAUGGACACCGACACGAAGCUGGCGAUCUUGGCCUCUUUGGCGCCAGACUCGGCCUUUGAUUCUCUUCUUGAGGUGCUCGUCGACGCGGGAGGCGACGUCGAACUUGCCCGCACGCGACUCGCGUCUUCCUCCUCCAUAUCUACAUCUACAUCUACAUCUACAUCCUCAAAGCAGCUGCAGGCGCCGGUUACGCGUUUUUUCAACGUUUCCUCAUCUUCAGAAACCUCUCCGCCACGAAAACGGGUCCGCACUCACAGCGGGACGCUAUCCAAACUCCCUCCUCCAGUCCUUCAUCUCUAUACUCCCGCCACUAUCGCUCAAUACACGCCCUGUACCUUCACCCCGAACUUCCUUCCCCCCGACCUGGCCGAGCCGCUGCUCUCUUUUUUACUUGACGAAUCAGUCAGCUGGCAGCCGAAUCUGUUUAGGCUUUUCAACAGAGAAGUCUCCUCUCCACACACGACAUCGUUCUACGUCAAUCCGGACAAAGUCGAUGCAUUCACUCACACCUACCGCUACAAUGGUGCAGCAAUCACAGACGUACGCCGCUUCAACGACACGAUGAUGCAGGUCCAGGCUCUCAUCGAAGAGGUAGUCAACAAAGAGAUUUCCGACCGCGGUUUUCUCAAACAUCAGACGCACGACAAAUGGGUUGCCGACGUUGCCUUCUGCAAUCGCUACGACGGCCCGACAGAGAGCGUCGGCUUCCAUUCCGACCGGCUUACCUACAUCGGUCCGCAGCCUGUCAUUGCCAGUCUGUCUCUUGGAGUAACCCGCGAGUUCCGUCUACGUCCGAUGGCUCCCCCGUCUGAGAAUAGCGGCACGCAAACAUACUCUCUCCAUCUACCCCACAACAGUCUAUUAAUCAUGCACGCCCCUUGUCAAGAAAAGUUCAAGCAUUCAGUGAUUCCCGCCCGCAAAGUCGAUCCGCAUCCUAUCGCGGGCAACGUCCGUUUGAACCUGACCUACCGCAUGUUCCGACAGGAGUUUUCACCCGAAAACAGUCCUACGUGUAAAUGCGGAAUCACCAUGGUUCUCCGCUGUGUUUCAAAAAAGCAGGACUCGCUCGGAAAGUAUUUCUGGUCGUGCGCAUCGGCAUAUCAACAGGAGACUGGCUGCGAUCUUUUCAUCUGGCAGCCUGUUACUGACGACGGCAAUCCGGUAAAAUUGCAGACUUAUGAUUACUCUUCAAAACCACAAACAGAAUCUCAGCCAAAGAGCAACGAUACAUAGUACAUUUAUUUAUUAGAUAAAAACUCUAAAAUACAA